CCUUCGCAGGGGCGGGGGGCGGCACCGCCCUCCUUCUCUCCCUGCGCUGCUUUCAGUCACAGAAUCACGGAACAGACUGGGCUGAGGAACGGCCGGGAGGUCAUCGAGUCCUCAGCCGGGAGGUCAUCGAGUCCAGCCUGUGAGCGAACACCACCAUGUCAGCUAGACCACGGCACGAAGUGCCUCGUCCAGUCUUUCCUUAAACACUUCCAAGGACGGUGACUUCACCGCUUCCCUGAUCAGCCCAUUCCAGUAUCGAGUCGCCCUUUCUGUGAAGAAUUUUUUCCUAAUGUCCAACCUGAACCACCUAUGAUACAGCUUAGCACUAUGUCCUCUCAUCCUGUGGCUGGUUGUCCGGGAGGAGAGACCGACGCUCACCCGGCUACAACUUCAUUGGAGGGAGCUGCUGAGAGCUAUAAUGUCACCUCCGAGCCUCCUUCUCUCCCAGAGGACUAAACAUCCCCAGGUCUGUCAGCUGCUCCUUCUAAGAUUUCUGCUCCAGACUCUUCAGCCAUUCCAUUCCCCCUCUCUGGACCCAGUGCCCCAAUAUCCUUCCUGAAUUGAGCGGCCCAAAACUGGAUGCAGAAUCCAAGAUGCAGCAGUGCUUGGGUGAGACCCAAGGGGUCCUGGAACCCCUGGGCCAGAAAGGUGAACUGUAGUCCCACCUUGUCUCAUUGAUAGCCAAAAGAACAUAUGGACACAUGAGGAGGACCCUGGAUCAACUGCUGUGUCUUAAGAGCUUUUUUCAGCUGUUUUCCCCGUUUUUUUAAAGAUAAGAAUCUCACAAGCAUUCUCAGUAUGAUUUUAUAAUGCAUGCAUGCAGUAAUUCAAGAUACAAUAAGCACAUGGUAGUUCAAAGUAAAAUAACGCACUCAGCUUUUUUUUCCCCAGUAAUUAAGACAUGUCAGGUUUGCUCUGCAUUCUUUGACAGUUUAUUCAUAUUUGGCCUGCUUACAUUAAAUCAGCAGCGCUUUUGAGUUACUGAUAGAACUCCACCAGCUUCACUGGUGUCAUGUUUUCCCUCUCCCAGUAAUUUUUCAAAAUUUCAAAAAUUACUUUUUGUCCUUUUCUAAUAAUAAUGAACUUGUUUUCUGAAUUUGAGUAGGAUGAAUUUUUAUUCUAGUCAAUCUGAAAUUCAAUUCAUCAAAAAUAUGUCAUGUUUUUUAGGGGAAAAAAAGUUUAUUCUUACUUUCACAAUAUAAGCAGUCUGUAUUUCAAUCAUAUAUAGUCAAACUUUUAAGUGAAGAUUAUUAAUAGUGUGGUUUAUAGUUCCUAUCAGCUCUGCAUACUUUCCAUCUGAUUAUUUGAAAUUUGUUCUUUAGGGACACUUUAAUUUUCAGUCUGAGACAGUAUAGCCUUAAAUAACCAGUGUUGUCCCUCAGAUCACCUUUGAUCUUUAAUUCAUGUUACAUAAACACCUUUAAGGAAACUGAAAUACAUUAUUAUGAAGUAAGCAUAGGUUUUCCAGGCAGUGACUGUUUCCAUAAGUGUGAUGUUCUCAGAACAAAAAUUGCUAUUUUUUAAUAAAUACAGACUUUAUUAAUAUUAGCCUGAUGUUGAUUUCUUGAGUGAAUUUACAAUGAAGACCCACAGAGAAUCAUAGAAUGGUUUGGGUUGGAAGGGACCCUAAAUAUCAUCUAUUUCCAACCCCCAAUCUUACCUCAGGAUGACAAAGCCUUAAAAUUAUGGAGUAAGUCACGUAUUUUCAGCCUAAAUACAUUUGUUGCAAAAAGAACGCAUAUUCUGUGACUUACAUCCUGCCAAUUCUGUUGUCUUCACUUGCCACACACUAAGAGCUUGUAGAAAAGGAAAGAGGGUUUUAUUGAUAUAUAUGUCAUAUACCUCUUUUUCAUAUAGGUAUAACAACACCAAAGAGUUUAUUCAGAGCAUUUUGUUUGAAUUAAAUUUCAACCAUGGAGUUCUUUGGGUACCAUGGUGGUGCAUGUCUUAAAUGCAUCAUAGGAUAUCAUGAGGUGCCAUAGUUCAGCCAUGUAAGCCCUUUGUCUUGUGAGUUCUUUAUCAUGGCAGAUACAGCUAUUAAUUAGAACAUUCAAAUUUAGGGAGCAUUAAUAAUGUUUCGGUGUUUCUUUUCACAUUUGUAGUUAAUGUCUUUUACACAUCAUUAUUAUUUUCAGGAUGCUGUCUAGCAAGGAAGAAGCAUUUGUCACAAAGAACAGCACUUAUGAAACUGGAGAGAUGGAAGAUCACAAAAUCAUAGUUAGUUUAGCUUCCUGGUUACUGUAAAAAGAAGAUUAAAUCACACAGGUACUCCAGCAAGACAUUCUGCAGGGUUAACUGCAUGACACGGAGUGGCUCUCUGGGGCACACCCAGCUAACACAAGCAGAACUGAACAGUCUGAACAGAAGAGGAUGCUUUCCCAAUGUUGUCUUUACAAAAUGGAAAAUAAGGAUCCUCAAAGGCAUAAUGUGCUUGUACUUUGAAAACAUACUGAGAACAGAGGAAAUAUAUAUUUGUACAGAUCUUCCUGAGAGAUAAACAAUUGGAUACUGGACAACAAAAGAAGUAAUCAGACUCCACUGACCUGUUUAACCCUGAUUGUGAAGGAUGAAAAGCAGCAGCUGCUUUCUGUGGAACAGGGCUUCUGGUGGCACUUACAUCUUUCCUUCGGGAUGAUAUUGGCAUAAAGACAUCAAGGUAUUGAACUCAUAAUGUUGUGAGUUUAUACAUGCCAGACUGUGUUCCAUCACUUUUUGAAGCAGCAGCUUUGGUAAUGCACUGCUAUCAUGGCUGAACAAAGGCAACGUGCUUUGUCAACAUCAGGUGAAGCGCUAUAUGACAUCCUGGCACUAGAGAAGGGAGCAACACAUGAUGAGAUUAAAAAGUCCUACAGAAAACUGGCUCUGAAAUAUCAUCCUGACAAAAAUCCAGACAAUCCAGAGGCUGCAGAAAAAUUUAAAGAGAUCAACAAUGCUCAUGCAACCCUGACUGAUCUGUCCAAGCGAAACAUAUAUGACAAGUAUGGAUCAUUAGGGCUCUAUGUGGCAGAACAGUUUGGUGAGGAAAAUGUUAACACCUACUUCAUGCUCUCAAGCUGGUGGGCAAAGGGCCUGUUUGCAGUCUGUGGUUUGCUGACGGGCUGCUACCUCUGCUGCUGCCUCUGCUGCUGUUUCAACUGCUGCUGUGGAAAGUGUAAACCGAAGGCACCUGACGGGGAGCAGCAGGAGUUUUGUGUGUCUCCAGAAGAUUUGGAAGAGCAAAUUAAGAACGACAUGGAAAGAGAUGGAGAAACUCCUAUUACGCUUCAGCCGACUAACGUAACUGAGAAGACACAACUGAUUGGGGACAGCCAUCGGAGCUAUCGCACAGAGUCCUAGAGCAGGCGAGCGACCUGUUGGUGCUUCUCACUGAGUCUCACAGUGAGAAAAACAUGUGUUAAGUUCUGCAGCCUGUAUUCAUAGUUGUCUUUAAGCUAAUCAAGAGUAAUCUGAGAGCAACUUCCUACCGAGGCAGAACCUCCCUCUAUGCUACUUCCAAUACCUGCACUGUGUAUGGAGAUACAUAUGGCCUGUAUGGAGCAUGCUGGUCUCUCACAGCUUCACAUUAUCUUUCUCUCCAUUAAUAUUCCCUUUGGUAUAACUGGUCUCCUCCCUGCUCUCAUUUGUAGUUUCACCUCCCAGACACAGUCCUGAGUCCCUUUAUGGGCACACUGGCUGUCUCUCCCUGCUCCAGGAACUUGCAUGCAGCAGUUUUACUGGAUGUGAAACAUUCCGUGAGGGAGCCCCAGAAGUGCUCUUUAGCCGGCCUCAGGGAGAAAGCUGGUGGCAAGACAGAUGGGACUCUCCUAGCCAGAGAGGAAGUGCUCUUUGGAGGGCAGCUGAACCAAGACAAAGUGCUAGGAGAUUUUUCUGAUGGUUGUUUUAUUGCAGGUCACUCCAAAUCCAGGAGCCUCAUCCAUAAAAAAAUCUGCAAACCCAUGAGACAGUGGGCAAAGACCAGGGGAAAUGGAAGGCUGGUCCUAGGCUGUCCCAGAGCCUCUCUCCUCCUCCCACAGCUCCUCCUUUUGGUUCCCAGCCAACGGCUUUCUGCCAGCUGGCUUAUUCCACCAUGCCCUCAGCGUGUGGCGGUACUGCCCUGCUGGCACUGGGCUGGGAGCCAUCACAGCAGCACAGGCACUGGGGCUGUGGGAGCAGCAAGGACUUGGCAGGGAAAGCAGGCAGCAAAGGAGUGACCGUCCUCCUCACCAGCUCAUUGGGGUAGGACUGAAACCUCCCUCCUGUGCCAGGCACAGGGCCUGUAAGAGCACAUGGCAUGAUUUUAAAUAAAGAGGCAGGAAUGAGGUGUAUGUUCAGAUGUACCGCUGCACAAAUCAGUGGAGAUACAUGUGGGUAUGGCUAAAGGAAGCAUGAAGAACUUAGGCCACUAAUUCAUAAGAGCUAAAGGAAUACCUCUAAGAUCUUAAGCUUAGCACCUCACUGAUUUGACAUAGUAGCUUAAGCCUGAGGCAGCUGAAUUUCUCCUUAUUGAUCAUUUUACAUCAGUCAUUGUGAGUUCUGUGUAUUUGCUAUUUUUGCAUGCUGUGGUCUAAAGGGGCUCACAGUGUUCCAGUAAAUUAUACAGACUGGUGAAUAUAUACCUAGCUAAAAGUGUUGUUUCCUUGCUUAAAGUUGGAUCCCGCAGUUGUGAAAAAUUAUUAUCAUCCUUCUAUCACCUUUGAAGUCAAAUGUCAUCCAGCUAAAUAUAUGGGAAAAGAAUGUGUUUUAUAGAACCAGCUGUAACUCCAAAAUCAAGACAUAUUACUUUCAAUGUUUCUUUAAAAGUCCCAUAACACAAGGAUAUUUUCAAGACCAUUAUUUCCUGUUCAGGUUAUAUAUCUGUUCUCUGGAUGCAGGCACUGGGGACAGCCAACAUGCACACUGCCCUCAGAAAUGGCCCUGGUUUUCUGCUUCAGAAAAGAGGGAAGAUCCUGGCAUGGCCAGAGUUGUGCACAGACACUUGCUUCCCUCCUAGUCACAGGCUCUCCUUUGUCCUCAGUUACAAUGAUUUUGGGAACCACUUGUAUGUAUGUAACUCCAGACCGCCAUCCUACCUGCCCACUGGGGAUGUGCCCAUCCAACCCAGUGGUGCCAGGAGAGGGGGGCUGGUGACACCAUCCUGCACUGAGGAGACAUGACCCCAGCGGUAGCAGAGUGCUGCACAUCUUCCCAUCGGGGGGAUGGAUCAGACAGCACUGGGGUGCUGAGAGAUGGACAGAGGCCAGAGACUAGGUAUGUGCUGUGGACACCAGCACACACACUCCUCUUUUGGCUUUCUUCAUUAUUCCCCUUUUCAGGGUGUUUGUUCUGGCAUGGGAUGUUAUCCCCAAUGAAGGAGUAUGGAGAGUACAUAAUAAAUCUGCAGGUGAAGUAAUUUCCUAAGUUUCACUGUCUAGUAGAGAAAUUUAGUGUGAAAAUGUCCAAAUGUUACCUAGUGACUAUUUCCAGCAGAGAGCUGAAAGAGGCACUGGGAGAAAAGUCUGGUGUAAAGCUACGUUCUAUAUGUGGAAUCCUUUCCCAUGUGAAAUCCAUCCUCCUUUUCCCAUGGAAGUCACUGGGAAUUGCACCCUUGAUUUCGACAACAGCUAUAGAGCAGGCCUAAAGCCAGAGAGGAAGAAGUAAAUCCCAUAAGACCAAAAGCAACUGGGGAAUUUUUUCACAUGCAACACCACUGAUGUGUCUAGAGGGCCAGAGCCAAAGUUCACCAUAAUCAAGGAAAUUUUCUCUAUCAGCCUGAGAUGUACAGCAAGUCAUGUGGCUCUUAUUUACACUUUCUAAAUGAGAGCUUAUUCUUGGGAAAAGAAAAAUUUUUGUUCUCACAGUGUGAAGCAAAGAUGGACAAGCUGCUGCAUGUUUGCAAGUCUCAUUUACAGACACAGGGUUCUGUACAGAAGAGCCACAACACAUUAUCUCAGCAAAAAAACCUCAGAACAAACCAGUGACCAAGCCUCUGAGGGGGUUGUCCAGGACCUGCAGCUUAGAGAUCUGAGUGUCUAAACUUUUAAUUUCAAAUGGGAAACUUAGUUUUAAAAGUAUCAGAGCAUUUCUCUCUUACUGAUGUGAAGAUCAGCUAUUCUAAGGACACGUGGAGAAAGGAUGAAAAAGGAUUUCAGGACUUAGCUCUUCAGUGUGAUUUUACUCCUUUUUCUGCUUUUCAGAAAAGUUCCUAACGUGAACACAUGCUAAUAUUAUUUGUUUUUGUGUACAGUCAAGUUGCACACCCAGAAAUCUUCUCAAAAAGUACAGAGUCUCAAUUUUUUUCUCUGUUUUGCUACAUUUAUUUAUAUGUAAACUUCCAUGUAUUCUAUUCAAAUCUAC